AUGAAAUCCGGCUCGGGCGGCUUCUGGAGCCCCAGCACUCUGGGAGUCUUGUUGCGAAACCUGUGAACGCUACGGAGGGCAUUGGCUGCGAACCUUGACACGUAGAUGGUGGUGCCAAGACUGGACGAGCCAGAGGAAGCACUCUCUGCAAUCUCGAGGCCCUCCUUGCGCUGGAGCUCUGCAGCCUUCCUCUUCAUGUAGCGCCGCCACGCCGCCUGGAUGAAGCGGGCCGCCCAUGUCCGCCACUGCUGAGAGUGGAACCGAAAUGUGUGCUGGACUUGGCGGCUGUGCAGUCGCCGGAAUUGGCUCGCCACAAACUUCAGUUCCUCGGCGAUCAGGGCGAAGGCUUCGACCUCGGUCACGGCCCGGACCGUUCUGGUCGAGGAGGGAAGGUUUGAUCCGGACUUGGGGUCUAGCGCCCAAGUCAACAGCUCCUCACCGCAGAAGUCGCGCUCCUUCAGGACGCUCUGGUUGAAGAAUCCGCUCCGCCCCCCGUCGGUGGUCAUACUCUCGAGGCGGCCACGGAUGAUGAAGAGCAUCUCAUCGACUGGGUCUCCCUCCCUCACGAUGUAA